AUAGUACAUCGUGCAACACCAAAAAACGGAUAUUGUAUGGUUUGCUGAUCGCAUUAUAUACAACUUUAAAAUCUAGAAGAGAAGCAAGUGGUUGAAUCGGAUUAUAUCCUGCAUGCUUAGUUGUUAAGUCUGAGGAUGACUUCGUUUGGUCGCGGUCGUGGAUGGUCCAAUCAUCACAGCCAAGACAAGGAUCAGGGAUUACGUAGACCAGGAGGAAGCGCAUCCAGCAACAACAAAGUCCUGAAGGACAUAAUAGAUAAGAUAGUUUCGUAUGAUGAGUGUGAGAGCGUCUCGCCGAAGCUGAUCCAGGAUAUCGUAGACCUGUUGACCAUUGCAAUCAACGAGGACAGUCUGAGAUAUGUAUGCGAUUCUCUUUGGAAGCAGGCUAUAUAUCACUCAUUGACCUCGAAAAUAGCUUUGAUAUUCAGCGAUAACAUGGUUGUUCGGUUAGAAGAUACUAAUAAAAACACUAUACGAAGCCGCUUCUUACGUUUCCUUCAGGAUAAUUAUAUAUCUAAAGAAAAAGAUAGAGUAGAGGAUAAAAGAACAUUUGCCAAUAAAGUUUUACUUCAUGCAGAAGUUUAUUAUCACAUGAAAUUGAGCGAUGGAAAUAGAUUGAAAAUAUUGGCUGAGCCGUUAAUUCAAUAUUUGGAAGAUCUGCUGCAAGACAAUCCUAAGGAUAAUAUUUAUUUUAUCAUGAUACAGAUACUUAGAGCUGGUAAAGAUCUUUAUGCAGCGUGUCCAGGUGGAUUAGAGAGCUUAAUAAUGACAAUCAGGCAAUUGCUGGUAAAGGAAAAUUUACAUAGUCCCGAGAACAAUGCGGCAUUAUUAUUAAUCGUAGAGUUAGCCAAUAAUGACUAUGAAAUUAAGGACACGCGGUUGAAACAUUUUUAUUUCUCAAAUAUCAAGUCUCUCUCUUUUGAACCUCCGUUUUCUCAUGAAGAAUUAAAGGUGAUCUUAACGACAAAGACUGAAAAUGAUAAUCAAUUGCGGGAAAUUGAGAAUAAUCCACGAAUUAUAAGAGAAGAAAUGAAAAAUGACAUACCUGAGCAUGGCAAUUAUUCAAAAAAUUCUAGCGGUCCAAGAGCGAUACGCGGUUCAGGUGCACUGGAUAAAGCAAAAAAAGGAAUUAAUAUUAAUGCAAAAUCAAAUUCGUUGAGGACAACUCCACCGAGGGAAAGGAAUAAAGGUUGGGGUCACGAUGAUAGGUUUCAUGAACAUUAUGAAUAAAUAUCUAUCUUGUUACUAAGGUAAAUAUUAAUUAUAAUUUUAAUAUAGC